AGCGGCCAGCGGAGCUCGGGCAGCCCGGCCUCAGGCGGGGUGAAAAAGAAAACUGUUUAAUCAACGAGCCAAGAUGCAGAGCACUUCCAAUUACCUCUGGCUGUUGUCUGACAUUCUAGGACAGGGAGCUACUGCAAAUGUUUUCCGGGGACGACAUAAGAAAACUGGGGAUUUAUAUGCUGUCAAAGUAUUUAACAGUAUAAGUUUCCUUCGUCCUGUGGAUGUUCAGAUGCGAGAGUUUGAAGUAUUGAAGAAACUAAAUCAUAAGAACAUUGUCAAAUUGUUUGCCAUCGAAGAAGAGACAACGACUAGACACAAAGUACUAGUUAUGGAAUUUUGUCCAUGUGGGAGUUUAUAUACAGUUUUAGAGGAGCCGUCUAAUGCCUUUGGUUUGCCAGAGUCUGAGUUCUUAAUUGUUUUGAGAGAUGUGGUGGCUGGGAUGAAUCAUCUCCGGGAGAAUGGAAUAGUGCACCGUGACAUCAAACCAGGCAAUAUAAUGCGUGUUAUAGGUGAAGAUGGUCAGUCUGUUUACAAACUUACAGACUUUGGUGCUGCGAGAGAACUUGAAGACGAUGAACAAUUUGUUUCUCUCUAUGGCACAGAAGAGUAUUUACAUCCUGAUAUGUAUGAGCGAGCAGUUUUGAGGAAAGAGCAUCAGAAAAAGUAUGGAGCAACAGUUGAUCUGUGGAGCAUAGGGGUGACCUUUUACCAUGCUGCAACAGGGAGUUUGCCUUUUCGACCUUUUGAAGGACCUCGUAGAAACAAGGAAGUGAUGUAUAAAAUAAUCACUGGAAAGCCUUCUGGUGCUAUUUCUGGAAUACAGAAAGCAGAAAAUGGACCAAUUGAGUGGAGUUGGGAGAUGCCUGUUUCUUGUAGUCUUUCAAAGGGCCUGCAAGUUCUGCUCACACCUGUCCUUGCGAAUAUUCUUGAAGCAGACCAGGAAAAAUGCUGGGGAUUUGACCAGUUCUUUGCAGAGACAAGUGACAUACUGCACCGAAUAAUAAUCCACAUCUUUUCACUACAGCAGAUGACCUUGCACAAAGUUUAUAUUCACAGCUAUAAUACAGCUGCUAUAUUUCAUGAGUUGGUCUACAAACAGACAAAAAUACCAUCUCAGAAUCAAGAACUGAUAUAUGAAGGCCGGCGUUUAAUACUAGAGCCUGGCAGAUUGGCACAGCACUUCCCCAGAACAACUGAGGAGAAUCCUAUCUUUGUAGUAAGCAGAGAGGCUGUGAACAUUGUUGGAUUAAUCUAUGAAGAAGUUUUACUUCCUAAAGUACAUCAACGUUAUGAUUUGGAUGGAGAUGCCAGUAUGGCUAAAGCAGUAACAGGUAUUGUAUGUUAUGCCUGUAGAGUUGCCAGUUCUUUGCUACUUUACCAGGAGCUGAUGCGAAAAGGAAUACGAUGGCUAAUUGAAAUAAUCAAGGAUGAUUACAAUGAAAUGGUUCAUAAAAAGACAGAGGUUGUCAUCAGGCUGGAUUUCUGCAGCAGAAACAUUGAGAAAGCUGAGAAAAUAUAUGAGAAUUUGAUGCAGAUCAACUUGGAAGCAUCAGAAGUGGAUGAAAUUUCAGAGAUACACACAAAACUGUUGCGUCUCUCCAGCUCUCAAGGCACAAUAGAAACUAGUCUUCAAGACAUCAAAAACAAACUUUCUCCUGGUGGUUUACUGGCUGACACCUGGGCAAAUCAGGAAGGCAUGCAUCCAAAAGACAGAAAUCCAGAAAGGCUGCAGGCGCUGCUAUGUUCCAUCACAGAUAUUUAUUAUCAGUUCAAAAAAGACAAAGCAGAACGAAGGCUUCCUUAUAAUGAAGAACAAAUUCACAAGUUUGACAAGCAGAAGUUGUAUUUGCAUGCUACAAAAGCCAUAGCUCUAUUCAAAGAUGAAUGCGUCAGCAAGUAUGAUGCGUUUUUGGACAAGGCUGAGGACUGGACAAGGAAAAUGCUUCACACAAGGAAGCAGUUACUGGCUCUCACCAACCAGUGUUUUGAUAUUGAAGAAGAGGUAUCCAAGUACCAGGAUUAUAUAAAUGAGUUACAAGAUGCUCUGCCGCAGAAAAUGUUUGCAGCUUCCAGUGGGAUGAAACAUACAAUGAAUACAGUCUAUCCAAGCUCAAACACAUUAGUGGAAAUGACUCUUGGUAUGAAGAAACUAAAGGAGGAAAUGGAAGGGGUUGUUAAAGAGCUGGCUGAGAACAAUCACAUUUUGGAAAGAUUUGGUGCUUUGACUAUGGAUGGUGGCCUGCGGAACGUGGACUGUAUCUAGCUUUCAAAGGACCAGAAGAGGACUUGUAAAUUUUUUCAAAGGGAAAAAAAUACUGUUGGGACACUUAAAGGCAGAUAAUAAAUCUGUAUCCAGUUUUUUUUUCCCCUCUGCAACUGUAAUAUUAAAAAAAUGUAAAUAUGUAUAAUAUGUAAAUAUAAAAGAAAUAUAUAUCUUUUUUUGGUCAAUGUUAGAAUAGAAUAACUUCUGGCAGGGAAUUUGGCCCCUUGGAGGAUCUCUGACGAAGUCCUAAAGGCAAAAGUGUUGUUGAUGAAACUGA